ACGGGGCCGGGGUGCGGGCGCGGCGGGCCGGAGCUGCCAUGGGGCGGCGGGGGGCCCGGCGGGCGGCCCCGCACGGGGAGGACUUCUCCUUCGUCAGCCCCGUGGUCAAGUACCUGCUCUUCUUCUUCAACAUGCUCUUCUGGAUGAUCUCGAUGGUGAUGGUGGCGGUGGGAGUCUACGCCCGGCUGAUGAAGCACGCAGAGGCAGCCAUGGCCUGCCUCGCCGUGGACCCCGCCAUCCUGCUCAUCGUGGUCGGUGUCCUGAUGUUCCUCAUUACCUUCUGUGGCUGCAUCGGCUCCCUGCGAGAGAACAUCUGCCUGCUGCAGACGUUCUCCGUGUGCCUGACCAUCGUCUUCCUCCUGCAGCUGGCAGCUGGAGUGCUGGGCUUCGUCUUCUCUGAUAAGGCCCGCGGGAAGGUGAGCGAGAUCAUCAACAACGCCAUCGUGCAUUACCGGGACGACCUGGACCUGCAGAACCUCAUCGACUUCGGACAGAAGGAGUUCAGUUGCUGCGGGGGAAUCUCCUACAAGGACUGGUCCCAAAACAUGUACUUCAACUGCACUGCCGACAACCCGAGCAGGGAGCGCUGCUCUGUGCCUUACUCCUGCUGCCUGCGCACUGCUGACGAGGCUGUCAUCAACACCAUGUGUGGCCAGGGCAUGCAGGCCAUGAACUACCUGGAGGCCAGCAAAUUCAUCUAUACCAAUGGCUGCAUCGACAAGUUGGUCAACUGGAUCCACAGUAACCUCUUCCUGCUGGGAGGCAUCGCGCUGGGCCUGGCUAUUCCACAGCUCGUGGGAAUCCUGCUGUCCCAGAUCCUCAUCAACCAGAUCAAGGACCAGGUCAAGCUGCAGCUCUACAACCAGCAGCACCGAGCGGACCCUUGGUACUGAGCACCCCCAGCCCAGGGGGAGCCCCUCUUUCCUAUGGAGGGGGCUGGGUGUGCAGUCCUGGAAGAAGAGGAGCCCUGCCUUUCCCUCCCAGCCACUCAUGCUGCCCUGCAGGGCCGUGGGGGGAUGUGGGGAAGCAAAGGGUCCCCUGACCAGGAGAAAGAGGCUGCUACGUCUCAGGAAUCCUGUCACCUCCUUGCCCACGUGAUUUGGACCCUGAUCUUGCCAGGAGCUUUUUUUUCGAGCAAAGGUUUCCCAAGCCCCAUCUCAGAUCGCAUCAGGACUUGUUAGCAGCAUCUUUCCCGAGGAAGCCACGCGUCGGAGGAGCCUGCUUCAGCGGGUAGAGAGUCCCAAUGGGUAGAGAAGGGGGAUGGAGCCAUGUCGGGGUACGCUCCUUUCCCCCUGCGGGGUUCUGGCUAGGGGCUUUGCCCUCCUCCAGGCCCCAGGCCUGGUCACUGUAUAAACCUACAGAUUUGGAACCAGAGUGGGAUUAACACUCCCACCCCCGGGCCUCUGCAGAGAGCUUUGCUGAUGCUGUUUAAAUGUGUCAAAGUCGGGGAGGUGUCUGAACCAAAGCUAAGCAAGGAAGGGACAGAGGAUCAUAGAAAAUGAGGGUUGGAAGAGACCUCAGGAGGUCGUCUAGUCCAAUCCCCUGCUCAAAGCAGGACCAUCCCCAGUGGAGUAUGUCAAAUCCUAGGUCCUCCCCGCCCAGAGCCAGGUUGAUGGAAAGCCCAGCAGUUUCUGUAGCCUGCAGCAUGCAAGGAAGUGAUGGAGCCACCAUUCAGUCCAGCCACCUUGGACUCCACAGCUUGAAUGAUGAGGUACCGCUCACAGCUGGACUACUGGAGGGCAUGGGCCUUUGCCACAAGCCUAGAGCAGGAAUUGAAUUCGUGCCUUUGUGGGGCAUAGCAGGAUGCCCGCACCACUUUACCACUGUGCACCGAGGAAGGAUGGGAGCUUAUAAAGUGCUGGGUGAGGCUGGGCUGGCGGGGGGAGGGCAGGAAUGGGCCCAGUGCCUCUUAGCCCAGGGAUGAUGGAGGCUGGCACUUGUCCCCGUGCGUUGAGGAAGGUGCCGACUCCCUGCAUUUCCUGCUGCGGCAGGUCUCGGAGCUGGGCCCAGCAUCCGGGGGUCUCUGUGUGCUCCCCCGAGAAGCCCUGGUGUCGGGAGGAGCUGAUGAUUUCUGGUGCAGGGGGGUUGCCUGGGGGGGCAGCUGCUGCAUUACAUUGUGGAAGGGACCUCCAGAGGUCACAUCCAGUCCAGCCCCUGCUCAGGGCAGGAUCAGCUGUGGCUAAACCAUCCCCAGCCAGUGUUUGUCCAACCUGCUCUUGACAUUUUCCAAGGAUGGAGGCUUCACCACCUCUCUAGGUGCCUGUUCCAAUGUUUGACCGCCCUCCAAGUCAAAAGGUUCCCCAUCUCCAACCUAAAUUUGCCCUGCAGCAGCUUGAUACCAUUGCUCCUAGUCCUGUCCCCUGCAGCCAUAGAGAAAAGCCCAUCUCCAUCCUCUCUAUCAUCAACCUUCAGAGAUUUGAAGGCCAUGAUCAAAUCCCUCCUUGGGCUUCUCUUCUCCAGACUAGAUCACCCUAGUUCUUCCCUCAUCUGUCCUGCCUCCCAGGCUCCUAAUAAUUUUUGUUGCUCUUUCCAAACUCCACGUCCUUCUUGACACACGGGGCCUAAAACUUGGAGCAGUGCUCCACUUUGGGAGGUUUGAAGCAAAAAUGUCCCUCCCUUGAUAUUUUGAUGCCUUUGUCUCUCCUGGCAUGUGGAAUUCGGGGUCCCAGAUGCUCAGCCGUGGAGGACUUCCCCAGUCCAUGUGCCUUCAGCAAGGUGAUAGGAGCCACCUAAAAAUGCUGAGCCUUUGUUUGCUGAACAAAGAUUGGGUCUCCUUCCAUGCUAUUUAAACCGUCCAGUACUGUUCUCCACGGCCCCCUCUGUGUUCCCAGAUGGAUCCAUUUGCAGGAGCCCUUGGGUUUGGAGCUUGAGUUAAAGUCUUGCCUUGGAGUCGAUACUGGUUACCUGCACCUCUCUGCACCCCCAGGGUGUAAAUGGCAGCGCUUGGCUGGCCAUAAUUUAUCCAAGUGCACGUGCCUUGACCCCUGCUGUUGGAGAUGCCCCCACCCGACUUCCAAAGAGAAAGUGGAAGGGAUCAGCCGUGUCGCAUCUUGCAUGGGUUUGGCUUGACUGGGCAGGAUGUGGCUGGGGAAUAGGAAUAAAAUACACCAGGGUCCCUCUCUCCAUAAGGUUUUCCAUGUCCACCCUGCUGGGUGAUCCAUCUACCUCCUGCAAAGCCACAGGGCAUUGGAUCCUGGAGAGGCUGCCCAGUGCAAUGGCUUCUCUCAGGCCAGGCUGGGGUCUUCACCCUCUGGAGCCUUCGGUCCAGGCUCUGACUCUCUGAAAGAGGCUCCAGCCCAACCUGAAGUGACGCCCGGCCGUGGAGAGUCCUGGGGAGGUUCGACCAAGAAGACCACAAGUUGGGACCUUGUCACCCUUGACUCCAAACCAGAGGGGUUGGUUGCACUUUGGGAGGGCCCUGCAGUGUGAUGGUACCAGGUUGACCUGCAAACGGGAAGGUGCUAGGGCUUGGGCUGCUUUUUUUUCCCUACUUGGGAUGGGUUUUAUCAAGAAAAAAUGGAUUGUCUUGGGGAAAAAAACCUGCUUCAGAGGGUCAAUGGGAAGUUAUAAGCAUUGCUCUUCUCCUUGAAGACCUGCAGGUGAGCCACGAGAUCCAUAGGCUGUGCUGGCAAGUCCGGCCGCCCCUGCCCCGUGGGCACCCUAUGCCCCUAAGGAGAAGGAGCUCUCUCCAGCAAAGAGGAGGCCAUCACUGCCUUCUUCCCACCUGGGUGUUUUUUUCUUUUUUUUUAAACUCCUUCCUUGUGCCAGAGGAAGGAGUGGGCAGAGACUAACCUGCUUUGUGGGUGUCUGUAUGUAACGCGUGGGGUCUGUCUUUGUCUGUGGAAUUAAUUCGUGUUUCCCUUUCGGCUUCAGUGGAGAAUAAAAGCAAAUUUGGGCUUGA